GGCGAUAUGGGGGGUGAUCUGGGGAGAGAUGGGAACAGAUGAGCAGGAGGGAGGUUAGAUCGGGAGAAGACGGCCUAUGGGGACAGCUCCCACGGGGGACAGCUCCGGCCACCGGACUCCCGAGAGACUCUGCCAUGGGGCAGCCCAGGACACAGGAACACCCAUCCCCCUCCACGGCACAGACACCCUGACUGACGAGGCGACCGGGGGGCUCUCAGUGCCAGCCGGACAGAGGAAACACCUGGCUGAGGGGGAAGCUUGGGGCUCAGCAGCGUCUCGGCCACAGAUGGAGACACUCAGUGGGGAGUUACACACGCUGCUUAGGGAUAAGGAAUACGUCGGGUUCGCCACCCUCCCCAACCAGCUGCAUCGGAAAUCUGUGAAGAAGGGAUUCGACUUUACUCUGAUGGUGGCAGGGGAGUCUGGGCUGGGGAAGUCUACGCUGAUCGACAGCCUGUUCCUGACGGAUCUGUACAAGGAUCGGACCCUGCUGGACGCCCAGGCGCGCGUCCCGCAGACCCUGGCGAUCGAGCGGCGAGCUGUGGAGUUGGAGGAGGGCGGCGUCCGGGUGAAACUCACCGUCGUGGACACCCCGGGCUUUGGGGACGCCGUGGACAACGCUGACUGCUGGGGGUCCAUAGUGGACUAUAUUGACCAGCAGUUCGAGCAGUUCUUCCGGGAUGAGAGUGGGCUGAACCGGAAGAACAUCACGGACGGGCGGGUGCACUGCUGUCUCUACUUCCUCUCACCCUUCGGCCAUGGGCUGCGCCCCCUGGACGUGGCGUUCCUGCGUGCCGUGCAACACAAGGUCAACAUCGUGCCAGUGAUCGGCCGAGCCGAUGUCCUGACCCCCCGGGAGGUGGGCAUCAUGAAGGAGAAGAUCCGGCAGCAACUGGAGGAAAACGCCAUCAGCAUCUACCAGUUCCCCGACUGCGACUCCGACGAGGACGAAGACUUCAAGGCCCAGGACGCGGAGCUGAAGGGCAGCAUCCCGUUCGCCGUGGUCGGCUCCAAUGACAUCGUCCGGGAGACCAAGGGAAAGGCCUUCCGGGGGCGCACGUACCCCUGGGGGGCUGUGGAAGUGGAGAACCCGGCGCACUGCGACUUCCUACGGCUGCGUACCAUGCUGGUGCGGACCCACAUGCAGGACCUGAAGGAGGUGACCCAGGAGAUGCACUACGAGAACUACCGGGCCCGCUGCAUCCAGAGCCUGACCCGCGUGGGCGCCCGCGACCGCAGCAGCCGCAUGAAACUGUCCCGGCAAAGCGCCACCGAGCUCCCCCUGUUGCCCCUGGCGGAGACGGACACGGAGAAACUGAUCCGGGAGAAGGAUGAAGAGCUGCGCCGGAUGCAGGAAAUGCUGCAGAAGAUGCAUGACCAGAUCAAGCAGAGCCAGGGGGAGCAGUCGGACACCCUGUGAGGAUUUCAGGGUCCCCCCCUGGGGCCAGCACCCCCUCUGGAGCCAGCGUCUUCUGGAUUUCACAGCAGCAGAAGGGACAGGGGUGAUUCUCUGAGGCAGCCUAAGCAGCACUCGCAGCCCCCCCAAAACCCUGCUCACCAGAGCCCCUCCCCCAAGAACCCUAAAUUCCCUGUUCCUCAAAGUCACCCCGUCUUCUCCCCCUUCCCAGCUUUGCCCCUAAUAAACUCACCCCUGUGUUUGCA